AUGUCUAUCCUUUCAGAGUCUUUUACAGGUUCUUUAAUUCACUUUACUCCACUUACUUCUUCUGGAGUUAGUCUUACUACACCUUUCAAUCCCAAUGGUAAUGUAGCUCCAGAGCCCCAUCAACCAGUUGACUCUUCCACGCCGACUACAACCUCCACUCGACCUGGUGAUGCCAGUGAGCCCUCUUCAUCAUCUUCUGCCCCAGUUGUGGUUGGACAAGAGCCCUAUCUUACUAAAACUUAUGCCUUACCUCCACAACCUUUAGAUACUGAUCUUGACUCUCUACCUACAAUGACACAUUACAACAAUAUCUCAGCCGCAACCAUUGCAGCACCUCUUGUUGUCCCUGCUCAUUAUCGACCUGUUGUAGCUUUUACUCAUGCUAUUAGUACACAAAUCAAGUCUGUCAUGUCAGCUGAAGAUCUAUUCGACCUGUAUAGCGAACCUGAACCCGCCGCUCCUUCGAGAAAGAAAAAGGGGAGCAGGCAACAUCGCGGAGUGAGCAGCAGCAACCCUCCGAAAAAAAAGACUCAGACCGCGGAUCCUCCAAUACCAGUUCCCUCCAAGGAAACAAUGCCUCCUCCAGCUCCCAUCGACCAGACGUCUCCCCCAACCCUUGUCAACCAGACAUGUCCUCCAACGCCUCUUAACCAACCUCCUCCAGCUCCUGCUGACCAGACACCUCCUGAUCAAACAGGAGAUGCUUUGACGAACAUUGUGCUUAGUUCGGCCAAAGAUAGGAUGAUUAAGCUAUCGAGGCACCGACGCAGCCGAGAGGCUAUCAUCGGUACCGACUCCAUGAAGAUCAACCAGAUCAUUAACCGUGCGCUGAAUGAAGUGCUCAGAGGAGUUCUAACCAUGAGUGCUAGCUAG